AUGCUGCUGCGCGUCCUGCCGGCCUUGUACGAGAAGCAGCCGCAGCCGAUAACGCGGCACCUGGGGGAGCUCGUGGCGCUCGUGGCGCAGCUGGACCAGGCCGAACACCACCACCUCCUGAGGCUCUUCCACACGCUGGCCAGGAAGAAGGAGCUUGGGAUGCUGAAAGAGGGUAUUCCAUUCCUAAUGAGACACUUAGGAAACCCUAAUUACAGUGACCAUAUUUUAAACAUCCUUACAGAAAUAUCUAGCUACAAGCCAAUAGCCUUGGCCACUUUCCUUCCAAUGCUAAAAGAAGUUGGUGAGAGUUUUCCAAGCUUGAUUGGGCAAACAGCCAAGAUCUUUGGGGCUGUUGGACAUAUUGAUGAGGAGCAAGCCAGAGUGUGCCUGAUAUAUUUGGUGAACCAACUGGCCAACAUGGAGCACUCGUUUCACCAUAUUCUUUUGCUGGAAAUUAAGAACCUCACCGACACCUUCUCCGGCAUCUUGGGCUCGCAGAGCAGAGAGAUCUACCGCAUGAGCAACAGCUUCACUGCCAUAGCCAAGCUGCUCGGCCGGCAGCUGGAGCACGACAGCAUCCCAGGAGCCAGGAUAGAAAGUGAUGCCGAAACAAAAUCUGCUGUACCAUUGGAGGAUUUAAAAUCUGUUAUGAAUGGAAAAGAAGAAGAUGAAAAGCUGCAAGUUAAAAUACAGGCUUUUGAAGAAAAAAUAAGUGUUGACAACAAUACUCCUGGCUCUGUGCGCCGAUACAGUUUAGGGCAGGUUUCUAAAGAAGAAAGGAAGGAUAUGAGAUUUAACAGAUCCAAAAGUCUGGCUUUGCAUGCAGUCCGCAUGAAGGUGGCAAACACAGACACGGGACAAGACCAGGAGAACGGGGACAUAAGUGCUGGUAUCUCCUUUACUGAGAUCUACAUUGGCCAAGAAAAUGAUAAAUUGCCUUUUAGUGUUGAUGCUGAAGAAGUGCAACUGGGGAAUUCUUUGGUUUCUCGCCAAAGUACCGAUUACACAGAGUCAGAAACUCUGCCAGAGUCUGCUAACGAAAAGAUCCAUGAAGGCAGUACAGAGACAAUAAGGAAUCCUGUGGAAUACCAGGAUAAGCUCUACUUGCACUUGAAGGAAAACCUGGGUAAAGUGAAGGCAUAUGUCAUGGAGAUGGGGAGGAAAAUUCCUAUCCCUGAUCAGUGUAUUAUCGAAGAUUCUGUUAGAAGUUGUGUAGCGAAGUUGUUCUUCAGCUGUCCCCUGAAGGGCCAUUACUGCCUCUACAGUAAAUCCAGUUUUACCCUCGUCAGCCGGCAGCCACCGCUGUGGAUCCAUAUCAUGUUUCUCUUUCAGCAGAGCCUGUUUGCAGAACCCUUGUCCAUACACAGCAGUCCUGUGCAGGUCCUGAAGGCCCUGUGGGAGAAGACGCAGCUCAAGGGCACACACAGUUUUGAAACCGCCAUGAUCCAGUGCACAUUUCCACACCAGAAGGAUCUGGACCAUGUACAGAUGCACCUGGAAGAAGUGAGGUUCUUUGAUUUAUUCGGCUACAGUGAGGAAGCAGGAACUUGGCAAUGUUUUAUGUGCAAUAAUCCCGAGAAGGCAACAGGUGUGAACCAGGACGGGCAGCCUCUCAUUGAAGGGAAGCUCAAGGAGAAGCAAGUCCGCUGGAAGUUUAUCAAGAGGUGGAAAACUCGCUACUUCACCCUUGCUGGCAACCAGCUGCUUUUUCGGAAAGGAAAAUCGAAGGAUGACCCUGACGACUGCCCCAUCGAGCUCAGCAAGGUGCAGAGCGUUAAAGUGGUGGCGAGGAAGCGCCGGGACCGCAGCCUUCCUCGGGCCUUCGAGAUAUUCACCGAGAGCAAGACGUACGUGUUCAAGGCCAAGGACGAGAAGAACGCGGAGGAAUGGCUGCAGUGCCUCAACGUGGCCGUGGCGCAGGCCAAGGAAAGGGAGAGCAGGGAGGCAACCACCUACCUGUAG